AACAGUUCCACAAUUUAGAUGCCGUGGUAUCGUACGAUUGGUCACCCAUCGUAAAGCAUAGUUCUCGACGGGCACCCCUGUUUUACUGCCUGAACCCGUUGCCUUCUCGACCCAGCAGUUCUCAUCUGUUAACAGUUCACUCAAAAAAGCAAAGCCUUGGACGGGAUGUCGGCAUUUGAUUCAACCAGUAAACGUACAACAUGUUUUUGCUAAGUCUCUUGUUCCCUGGGUUUAUAUUCGUUUUAAUGAGCUUUCCUAGUUCGAUUAAAACCCUAGUUUACACCUGGGUGUUUCCAGUUUAAUGGGUUUCUCCCUAUUUGAGAACCCAGAUUUUAUCCAACUCAAUUUAUCGAGAUCUAUCAAGCUGCUGGAUUCCUCUAGUAGGGUAAGAUUAGGGAGAUAAUGGGGUAUUCCCAAUGUCGAAUUGACAAGCAUGAUGAACGCUUUAUCUUUAUUUGGCACAAGACUCGUGCACAGAGCUUCGUUUCGUUUUUCAUCUUUGAGGGAGUUAUGCCACCGUAGUUUUAAUGAUGGGGAUAAAAGCGAUAAUGGGUUCCAUCACAUUGAGGAUCCCUUGAAGAAAUUCUGCGGAUAUUCAGAUUCUGAAGAUGUUUUAGAUGAGAAAGUUAAUGAAAGCCGCCGUCCCAAGGGCUGUUUCUCUGCGAGGCGGCCUUUUUUGCAGACAGUGAGGGUUGAUGCAAGAAACGUCCUUGAGAUUUUACAGCAAGAUGGUCCUGGAUAUGAUGCUAAAGCUGCUUUAAGUGAGUUGGAAAUAAGGGUAUCAGGGUUGCUGGUUAGGGAAGUUCUUGUUGGAAUUUUGAGGAACUUGAACUUCGCUAGCAAGACUAGGUGGGCGAAGUUAGGAUAUAAGUUCUUCGUGUGGUCCGGUCAGCAGGAAUAUUACAAGCACACUGCUAAUUCAUAUCAUUUGAUAAUGAAGAUAUUUGCAGAAAGUGAGGAGUAUAAGGCUAUGUGGAGACUUGUCGAUGAGAUGAUUGAAAAUGGGUUCCCGAGUACCGCACGAACAUUUAACAUACUGAUUUGUACCUGUGGUGAGGCAGGCUUGGCUAGAAAAGUUGUGGAGAGGUUCAUUAAGUCAAAAACAUUCAAUUAUCGGCCCUUCAAAAACUCUUAUAACGCAAUUUUGCAUUCACUUCUAGCUAUAAACCAGUACAAGUUGAUUGAGUGGGUCUAUCAACAUAUGUUGGCUGAAGGCUACUCUCCAGAUAUUCUAACUUAUAAUAUUGCGAUGUGUGCUAAGUAUAGAUUGGGGAAGUUAGAUCAGUUUCACAGGCUGCUAGAUGAAAUGGGUAGGAAUGGAUUCUCUCCAGAUUUUCAUACAUAUAACAUCCUUCUCCACGUUCUUGGGAAAGGUGAUAAGCCACUUGCAGCACUUAAUCUGUUGAAGCACAUGAAGGAGGUGGGUCUUGAUCCAACUGUUCUUCAUUUCACCACAUUGAUUGAUGGUCUUAGCCGGGCAGGGAAUCUAGAUGCCUGCAAUUAUUUUUUUGAUGAAAUGAAAAAAACUAGGUGCAUGCCAGAUGUGGUUUGCUACACUGUAAUGAUCACAGGCUAUGCUGUGGCCGGGGAGCUCGAAAAGGCUAGAGAUAUAUUUGAUGAAAUGACCAUCAGGGGACAUCUUCCUAAUGUAUUUACGUAUAAUUCCAUGAUUCGUGGGCUUUGUAUAGCAGGGAAGUUUGAGGAAGCAUGCUCUAUGCUAAAGGAAAUGGAAUCGAGAGGCUGUAAUCCAAAUUUUGUGGUGUACAGCACCUUAGUAAGCAAUUUACGAAAUGCUGGAAAACUUUCUGAAGCUCAUGAAGUAAUAAGAUACAUGGUGGAGAAGGGGCAGUAUGCCCAUCUCGUCUCAAAGAUCAAGGGAUAUAAGAGAUGCUAGCACAGUGCAUUUGUAACAUGAAGGUUAUUUAUUUCUAAUUUGGAGGAUAUAAUUUAUGGUUCUGAUAAGUUAGCACCAUGUACCUGCUGUCUUUAAGAGCCUAAGGAGUGCGCCAUUCUCUCUCCUCCUACAGUUCCUCUUCCUCAGCAGUGUGAGCGAGAUGCAUUGGGGAGCAAAAUUUGAUCUGUUAUAUUUUUCUCCCCAUGAAUGAGAUAAUGGUUAUGCAAAAUUUGUUCUCUGUUACAAUUUUUUGCUAUGAAUGAGAUAAUGGUUUCAACCAUUUAGCAGAAGCAUUCAGCAAGAUAUUCUUGUGGAAUGACUCAUAAAGACAAUCAUAGAUUCAAAUGUACAUUAGAUGACCGAGAAUCAGAAGAUUAUGAAGUUAGAAUAGGUAAUUUACUA